CGUGAAAGCUUUUGAAGCAGAGUUUGCAAUAUCUAGCUCUUAGCUUUUUUCUAUAUUCUCUCAGCCAUGGCUAUGUCCUUAUCAGUUGCCAAAUCUCCUUCCAUUUUUUCCACAAUGCUGCUACUUGGCCUGCUCAUGGCCACUAGCCUGGACAAAACUGAUGCUCAAAUUGGUGUAUGUUAUGGAAUGCUUGGAGAUGCGCUGCCACCACCAGGAGAAGUUGUAGCUCUCUACAACCAAUACAGCAUCAGAAGAAUGAGACUCUAUGAUCCAAACCAAAAUGCUCUCCGAGCACUUGGAGGUUCCAACAUCGAGCUCAUGCUUGGUCUUCCCAACCCUGACCUCCAAAGGAUUGCCUCCAGCCAAGCCAACGCAGAUUCUUGGGUCCAAAACAAUGUCAGAAACUUUGGCAAUGUAAAAUUCAAAUACAUUGCAGUGGGAAACGAAGUGAAACCAUCGGACCAGUUUGCACAGUUCCUCGUCCCUGCCAUGCAAAACAUCCAAAAUGCUAUUAACUCUGCCGGUCUUGGGAACCAAAUCAAGGUCUCCACUUCCGUAGACACUGGAGUACUUGGAGAAUCCUUUCCUCCAUCAAAGGGAACCUUCAAGCAGGAUCAUAGAGCCCUUAUUGAUCCCAUAAUCCGGUUCUUGGUGAACAACAGAUCUCCAUUGCUGGUUAACGUGUACCCAUAUUUUAGUUACAUUGGAAACACCAGAGACAUCAGUCUUGAUUAUGCACUUUUCAGAUCUCAAUCAGUUGUGGUGCAAGAUGGGCAACUUGGUUACCGAAAUCUCUUUGACGCCAUUCUUGAUGCUGUUUAUGCUGCCCUUGAGAAGUCUGGUGGAGGGUCUUUGGAGAUUGUUAUCUCUGAGAGCGGUUGGCCUUCAGCUGGAGGCACUGCAACCACAGUUGAUAAUGCAAGGACUUAUAACUCCAACUUGGUUCAACAUGUCAAGACAGGGACACCAAAGAAGCCAGGAAGGGCUAUUGAGACUUACUUGUUUGCCUUGUUUGAUGAGAAUAGAAAGAAUCCGGAGUAUGAGAAGCACUGGGAGCUAUUCUUCCCAAACAAGCAGCCAAAAUAUCCUAUUAAUCUAAAUUAAGUAGUGAGUAAACUUGUGAGAAUAAGGACACGUAUACACCUUAAACAGUAUAUUUAUAUAUAUAUAUAUAUAUAUAGAAAAUAAAGUGGAAUUAUGAUCCUCCACAUUCUCUAAUGAAUUGAUUAUCUUAUGGUUA